GAGCGACACUGAGCUCGGGGCUUGCCGGCGCAGCAGCGGAGCCGGGGGUGGCAAGGGGAAGGCGACACUCGCUUUGGGUUGCCUUCGUGCAGAGCUACCAGGAAGGUUUUGCAGUAGCCACCGCUGCUGGAGCGGCGGGAGGAGGGUUUGAGGUGGCCUCUGAGUAGUCCGGAGAAGGUGGGCAUUUCUUGUUUUUUCCCAGCCCUCUCCUGGUCUUUCCCCUCCGCUUGUCUCUCCCUCCCUACAACCCCACACCCCACGUGAAGCGGAAUAUAAGGGGGGGGGGUGAUAUUAGAGGGGGAAGUGAAUGGUGUAGGACUGAAGGGGUCCUCCCCCUUCGGGUCCUCGGCAGCCCUGUUCACCAUCGUUCAUCCUCCCUUCCCGAAGCUCGCCUUCGAAGGCAGGAGCAGCGGGUGCCUUCCGCUGAAGAGGAGGAGGAGAAGGAGGGAUCGCGCCGGGCGAAGCGUCAGGUCUGGUUUUCCUCCCGGCGUCUUGAAUAAAAAGAUUACCGUGCAGAAGGAAAUUGGCAUUCGCCGCCUCCGUCCCAGUACCCAACACAAUGCACCAGCCGCCUGAGUCCGCCACGGCCGCUGCAGACAUUAGUGCUAGGAAGAUGGCGCACCCGGCGAUGUUCCCAAGAAGGGGCAGCGGCAGUGGCAGCGCCUCUGCUCUCAAUGCAGCAGGUACCGGCGUUGUUAGUAAUGUCCCAUCUUCCGAGGAUCUUCCGCCUCCGUCGCUGCUUCAGCCGCCACCUCCUGCAGCAUCCUGUACGUCGGGACCACAGCCUCCGCCUCCACAAAGCCUGAACCUCCUUUCGCAGGCUCAGCUGCAGACACAGCCUCUCGCACCAGGCGGAACUCAAAUGAAAAAGAAAAGUGGCUUUCAGAUAACUAGUGUUACCCCGGCCCAGAUCUCCGCCAGCAUCAGCUCUAACAACAGUAUAGCAGAGGACACUGAGAGCUAUGAUGAUCUGGAUGAGUCUCACACAGAAGAUCUUUCGUCUUCCGAGAUCCUUGAUGUAUCACUUUCCAGGGCUACUGACUUAGGGGAACCUGAACGCAGUUCCUCAGAAGAGACGCUUAAUAACUUUCAGGAAGCUGAGACACCUGGGGCAGUCUCUCCCAACCAACCUCACCUUCCACAGCCUCAUUUGCCUCACCUUCCACAACAGAAUGUUGUGAUUAAUGGGAAUGCUCAUCCACACCACCUUCAUCACCACCAUCACAUUCAUCAUGGGCACCACCUCCACCAUGGGCACCACCACCCAUCCCACGCUGGUGUGGCCAGUACAUCCAUUCCUGGAGGGCCACCCUCAAGCCCAAUAUCCAGAAAACUCUCCACAACUGGAAGCUCUGACAGUGUUAUACCAGCUGCACCAACUUCUGCUGCAUCAUCGGGUGGCUCACCUGCAUCUGUAGUGACUAAUAUCCGUGCUCCCAGUACUACGAGCAGUAUAGGAGUAAAUUCUGUUACUGGCACUAAUACGAUGAAUAAUGUUACCAUUACUGCUGUGGGUAGUUUUAAUCCUAAUGUGACAAGCAACGUGCUUGGUAAUGCUAAUAUAACCCCAAGCAAUAUUUCUAGUGCUCCUAGUGUGAGUGUUGGGCCUGGAGUUAAUAGCAGUGUUAAUGUGAAUAUCUUGAGUGGCAUGGGCAAUGGUACUCUUUCUUCUGCUGUUGUUAAUAGUGUACCUAAUGCAGCUGCAGGGAUGGCUGUGGGAUCAGUUUCAAGUCAGCAACAACAGCCAACAAUUAACACUUCAAGGUUCAGAGUUGUGAAGUUAGAUUCUAGUUCUGAACCUUUUAAAAAAGGUAGGUGGACUUGCACUGAGUUCUAUGAAAAAGAGAAUGCUGUACCUGCUGCAGAAAGUGUGAUAAAUAAAGUGGUGGAAACUGUAAAACUAAACCCAAUAGAAGUGACUUCUGAGAGGGAGAGCACUAGUGGGAGUUCAGUGAGCAGUAGUGUCAGCACACUGAGUCACUACACAGAGAGUGUGGGAAGUGGAGAGAUGGGAGCCCCUACUGUGGUGGUGCAGCAACAGCAGCAGCAACAACCAGCUCUUCAAGGUUUGGCCCUUCAGCAGAUGGAUUUCAGUAGCACUGGCCCUCAGAGUAUUUCAGCAGUUAGUAUACCACAGAGUGUUUCUCAGUCACAGAUCUCACAAGUACAAUUACAGUCUCAAGAACUGAGCUAUCAGCAAAAGCAAGGUGUUCAACCAGUACCUCUGCAAGCCGCUAUCAAUGCUGUGACUGGUAUCCAGCCAUCACCUGUUAAUGUGGUUGGAAUAACUUCAACUUUAGGUCAGCAGCCUUCCAUUUCUAGUUUGGCUCAGCCCCAACUGCCAUAUUCUCAGACGGCUCCUCCUGUACAAGCUCCCCUUCCAGGGGCAACAUCCCAACAGUUACAAUAUGGACAACAAUCGACUGUUCCCACACAGAUGGCUCCAGGUCACAGUAAACCACUAACUCAAAUUUCUACUUCUGAGUUUGUACAGCAGCAGCCAAGCCUUCAAAAAGCAGUGUCCUCUGGUCAGCCCAGUUCUGCAGCAGUGGGAGCAGGAACAACAGUGAUUCCUAUGGCUCAGCCACAGAGUAUCCAGCUGCCAGUGCAGUCUGUGGCAGUCCAAGCACAACCUGUAGGGGCAUCUGGUCAGCCUGUUGGCCAGGUUCAAACAGCAGUAUCUGCUGUACCUACUGGCAGUCAAAUUGCAAAUAUUGGUCAACAAACAAAUGUACCCACUGCAGUGCAGCAGCCCUCUUCCCAAGUCACACCUGCAGUUAUUCAGCAAGGUGCUCCUCCAUCUUCACAAAUAGUUCCACCUGCUCAGACUGCAAUUCUUCAUCAGGGAGUUCAAACUAGUGCUUCAAGCCUUCCUCAACAACUGGUCAUUGCACCCCAAAGUACCUUGUUAACUGUGCCUUCCCAGCCACAAGGAGUAGAAUCAGUAGCUCAAGGAGUUGUUUCACAGCAGUUGCCUGCAGUUAGUCCUGUACCCUCUGCUAGUAGUAUUUCUGUUACAAAUCAGGUUAGUUCAGCUGGUCCUUCUGGAUUGUCUUCUGCCCCAACAAACGUGGUUCCACCACAGAAUAUAGCACAACCCCCUGCCACUCAAAAUGGUAACAUGAUUCAAAGUGUUAGUCAACCUCCCUCCAUAGCAGCUAAUGUAAAUUUGCCUUUGGCACAACAGAUAUCACUAAAUUCUCAGUUCUCUGCACAGUCAUUAGCUCAGGCAAUUGGAAGCCAAAUUGAAGAUGCCAGGCGCCCUGCGGAACCCUCCUUAGUUGGCUUACCUCAGACUAUCUGUGGUGACAGUGGGGCAAUGUCAGCAGUUUCAGAUGGGAGUAGCAGCAGCCUAGCAGCCUCUGCUUCUCUUUUCCCGUUGAAGGUGCUACCGCUGGUGGAUGGCGAGGAUGAGAGCUCUCUAUUUCAGUGCUUCUCUCCUACCAGAGGUGCAAGGAGUGAUCCUAGAACCACAGAUACAGCCAAGACCACGGAGAGCUUUUGACGUCAGGGGUCCAUUUUCUCCACUGAACCCUUGAAGGCAGAAUAUCCAGCUUCUGGAGAGAGUGGGAAAGGAUAAUAAACAAGUGGGUGCUUUCCAUUAUUUACUUGGGUUUAUUUAUAGAUUGAAGUGUCCUUCCUUUGCCCAUUUAAUUCUAUUGGUAAACUCCUUGGGUUCAUAUUAGAGCUGAGUAGGGCUUCAAUCUAUUUGGUUUUCUGAGAAUGCUAACUAGUGCCCAUUCAAAAAAAAGACCUAAAUUUAUUUUUCUCUCCAGAUAAUUAAAGCAGUGCGUAACUUGGGGCACUCGAUUUGGUGAAUACCUUGCCUAGUUCACAGUACUUUUAAAAAAAGUAAUAUUUGCCCAUUUUAGACUUAGUGGACUUCUAAGUUGCUGUUUAUAUUCCAGUAAUUGAGAAGUUUCUGUAUUUCAUCUUUGGGCAAGCUGGACAUCUGAACUUGCCUAACUUAUAAAGUCUGAUGUCCAGGUAUUAUCCUACCCUGUUAGUGAGAAACUUUUGGUCUUUUUCAUAUCUCAAACUUUAGGACUUCCAUAUUAUAUAUGUCUUUUAGAAGAUACAUUGAUAGUACUAUUAUGGUUUUACUGUCAAAUGUAGGCUUCAUUCUUUAAUAAGAUAAAUAUGAAUGAAUAUAAGUUUUAGGGUAUAAUAUUCCUGAAAGCUAUGUUAAAUAUACUCGGAAGUAGUUUUCCAGUCCUUAGGAAUAAUGUUAUUUGUGGCAAAAGCCUUGUCCUAGAUUUUCCCCAUGGCAUUAAAAUGGUUUUCUCUUAGUUUCUUUGAUGCCAAGGGUAGGAUUUGAUUCUAGGAAAUUCUUAUCAUCUACAAUGGGUAGAAUGUAAACUUGGUACCUUUGGCAAGUUUUCAUUUUUCCUUGGUGGAUUCCUUCUGUGACUCCAGGUAUCUUGAUAAUGGGAGACUGGUUUAUUUGUUCUCUAAUUGCCCAGAUUUCUUUCAACUGGUAAACAUCAUACUUCUUCAGCAAAAGGAACUCUUCUAGCAGAGCCUUCAUGGAUGAUAUCUGUCACACAUGCAGCACCUGCAAUUUGGAAGGCAGUGGUGAACGGAACCAUGCAAUAUAUCUAGAAGACACAAGGAUGAGAGAGCCACCUGAUUUUGUCAUUCAUAAACUUUAAGAUUUAUUUUGGUGUACUCUUGGUCUGGAAAUGGAAAGGCUCAAAUAAUGAAAUAAUUUUUUCAGAUUGGAAUUUUACAUGGCCGUGAAAAUAUUCCUUUCUAUUCAGAAGACUGAAAUAGAGGAAGCAUGAGAGACUCCUUUCUUUUAAAAGCAGCUCUCUGUAUCUGUUUUACUUAAAAGAUUUGUGGGAUUGAAAUCACCUUAAUCACGUAGGAAAACUUUUUUAGUAUAGGAGAUCCAAAAAGUUACUGAAACUGUUUUUUGUUAUUUGAUAAUGAAAGGAACUAGAAAUAAAGGAUGAACUUCUUAAUUACUUCCAAAUUACUUUUAAAAUUAGGGCAACACUCUUAGCUUAUCUUUUUCUGAUCUUGAGCCUUGUUCUCAUUUGUCAAUAAACAGUGAAUCCAGUAUAGAAGUAGAAGAGACAUCUUUUGAGAUGAAAGUAGCUUACUCCUUCUAAAGUAGUAAAUACCUGUGAAACUUGAGGUAUUGUCUUUCAUUGAUAGCACAGUAAAAUUUGAAUGAUACUGAAACAAAGUCAAUUAGUAGCAUAUGUAAGUGUUGCAAGGUAAUCAUCCAAACUAUCAAUUGUGGGUAAUAGUUAUCAAAAUUUUUCUAUUUCUCUUUCUGGUAUCUAUUAACUGGUCAGUCAAAGCUAUUAAAGAAAUUUUUAAAAGUUACCUGAUGUUGCCAGUUUGUUUUAUUUGGUACAAAUUUUAAGAGAAAUAGAAUUAUUAACAUAGAAGCAUAUAACAUAUUUUAGGAAUCUAGAAACAUUUGCUAAAUUAUACCCUGGCCUUUACUUUUUCUUGGCUAUCUAUUAGAGCUUUUUUUCCUCAUUAAUUAUAAAUACGUUUUUGUAAAGUACUGAAAAGUAAGCUUAAAAGAUCAGUUUAAACUAAAAUUUCUUCAGAGAGCUCUGAAUUUUCAUGAAUGGUUACAGCUUUUAAUGCUUGGUUUGUUUUUGUUAACUGUUAGUAAGACAGUUUUUACAAACACAUAAAUUUAAUACUCAACAUCUUAGAAAGAACUCAGGGGAAUUGAAAGUGAAAUUUCUUGGAAAUUAAGUUAAACUCUUUGAACCAGUUUAUGGCCUAUGAGAUUAUAGCCUUUUGUUUCAGUUUUGAAAGAUGAAAAGUGAUUUAGUCUCUUAAUCAUGCUUUGAUUAAAUUUAGCUCUGUU